ACAAUGUUUGGGUCUGCUGCAUGACUCCAGACGAACGUUAAUUCCAGACGGACCAAAACAGUCGUCCGACUGUUGACGUGGAAUUUUACAAUGGCUAAUAAUAAAGUAGAAAACUCCCCUGACAGCUCAGCUUUGGCGUCGAAUUCAAAUCUGCCUUCUCAGCCCAACAAUCCGCUAUCGAGGAAAUUAAACAAAAUAUUAGAGACGAGACUUGACAAUGACAAGGAGAUGCUGGAGGCUUUGAAAGCGCUGUCGGGGUUCUUUAAUGAGAACAGUUUGCGCACCAGGAGAAAUCUCCGUGGUGACAUAGAAAGGAGAAGUCUAACGAUCAACGAAGAAUUUGCACGAAUAUUCAAAGAUGUGAAAGAGGAGCUUGAGAGCGUCCACGAGGACGUCCAGGCCAUGAGCACAUGCUGUGAAGAAAUGACCAACAGGCUGAAGGCUGCAAAAGAGCAAACUCAGGAUCUUAUUGUAAAAACCAACAAGCUGCAGGGAGAAAAUCAGCGGCUUGAGGUGAGAGCUCAGGUCGCUCAAGCUUUCCUGUCCAAGUUCCAGCUCUCUAAUGAGGAAAUGGCCACACUACGACGCGCACGAGAUGCCCCCAUUACCGAGGAUUUCUUCAAAGUUCUCAGCCGGGUUAAACACAUACACGAGGACGUGAAAGUCCUCCUGAGGACCAACCAGCAAACAGCAGGGUUGGAGAUCAUGGAGCAGAUGGCGGUGUUACAGGAGACGGCAUACGAGCAGCUCUACCGCUGGGCUCAGAAUGAAUGCAGAGGAGUGACUCAGGAGACGUGUGACAUCAGCCCCGUGUUGACUCAAGCCAUGGACGCCCUGCAGGAUCGUCCUGUUCUUUAUAAGUACACCCUGGAUGAGUUUGGAACCGCACGCAGAUGUGCUGUGGUGCGAGGCUUCAUCGACGCCCUGACCCGAGGCGGGCCAGGAGGAACGCCACGGCCCAUAGAGAUGCAUUCACACGAUCCUUUGAGGUAUGUUGGGGACAUGUUAGCCUGGCUGCACCAAGCGACCGCCUCGGAGAAAGAGCAUUUAGAAGCUCUGCUGAAACAAGUCACACUGCAAGGUGUUGAGGAGAACAUGCAGGAAGUGGUGGGACACAUCACGGAGGGAGUCUGUAGGCCGCUGAAAGUGAGGAUAGAACAAGUCAUUGUGGCAGAACCAGGCGCCGUUCUGCUCUAUAAGCUGUCCAACCUGCUAAAGUUCUACCACCACACAAUCAGCUCCAUCAUCGGUACCAGCGUGGCCUCUUUGCUCAUCACUAUUGAGGAAAUGCACCUCCUCAGUAAAAAGAUGUUCUUCAACAGCCUGAGCCUUCAUGCGAGCAGACUCAUGGACAAGGUGGAGCUGCCGCCCCCAGACCUUGGGCCUACAGCAUCUCUCAAUCAAACCCUCUCCCUCCUGAGGGAGGUGCUCACCUCCCAUGACUCCUCUGUAGUUCCUCUGGACGCCCGUCAGGCCGACUUUGCUCAGGUUCUGUCCUGUAUCUUGGACCCGCUCCUACAGUUAUGCACCGUGUCGGCCAGUAACCUUGGCACAGCUGACAUGGCGACCUACAUGGUCAACUCGCUGUAUGUCAUGAAAACCACUCUGGCUCUCUUUGAGUUCACGGACAAGAGGCUGGAGAUGCUGGAGUUCCAGAUCGAGGCUCACCUUGAUACGCUGAUCAACGAGCAGGCGUCCUACGUGCUGACCCGAGCUGGACUUAGUUACAUCUACAACUGUGUGCAGCAGCACGGCACUGAACAGGGUCCUCUGUCCCUCCUCCCCGGUAUGGACAGCUCUUCUGUGAAAGCAGCAAUGACCCAGUUUGAUCGCUACUUGUCGUCACCAGACACACUUGUGAUGCCACAGCUCAACUUCCUUCUGAGCGCAGCCAUAAAGGAGCAGAUUUUCCAUCAGUCGACAGAGCUGGUGUGCAGAGCUUAUAGAGAAGUUUACGCAGCCCUGACCAGCCCAGCUAACGCCUACAAGGAUCCAGAGAACUUGGUGCCCAGAUCACCUCAGCAGGUUCAGACCUUGCUGUCCUGAUGUCGCAUGACAGAUCAUUCUCUGGGUUAGGUAUGAAAAUGUGUACAGUAGAUUGUCUAAACGUGUUUGUGGAGGUCCAGCAUGUAUGUGUAUAACCCUUAUUUAACGGUUUUGGGGUAUUUGGUCUCUCCUUUUUUUGUUUUCACAUCCUAUAGCAUCUUUGUUAUUGUAGAAAAUAAAGUCUUUAUAUUGGAAAUAAAAGAAAACCCGAGCAUUACAUAAAGCCGGCGAAAACUGAAUUCUGGGGCUUGUCUUGUUUUCCGAACAUAAAAGUGUUCUGAAAUAUUCAGCAGUGGUGCCAAGGGGAACUUCAGAAACUUCAGAACAAACAUGCUGUUUAUUUUAUUAUCACCUUGUUUGGAGUUGUCGGAGGGAAAAAUGGAAUCUGUCCAAACCGUCAGGGUCAGCUUUUGUUUUAUUUCUGAGACAACAAGGAAGAACGAGGUCAGGAUUAGUUGGAUGGUCGUUUAUACACAUUGUUAUGAAAGAGGGGGGGUACAACCCGGCCCCUUCACGAUGUAAAAAUGUUCUUUUAAAGUGUUUUCUUACAAUAAAAUAAAACAUUUAGAAUUGUCUUGAA